AUGCCGGAGGAGGCUGGCCACUUGGAAGCUGGACCCGAGUGCGAUGGGCUGGAAGUUUCUGCGGGCCAUUCGAGCGUUUCCGCCACCUCUUCGCAAGCUUACUCUCGAGCUUCCGCCACCAAAUCGUGGUUGGAAGGGAACAAGCUGCUGGACGGAAGGGGUUGCGUCGCCUUGGUCAGUGAUGAAGCAAUGCUCCUUCACGCCGGCCCAACCAACCACCCCGAACGGCCCGAGAGGCUUGCAGAAAUACUGAAGCAGCUUGACUUGUCAGGCUUGCAAUCGACAUGCACACAAGUUGCAUCCCGAGAAGCAACCAAAGAGGAGUUGCUGAGGGUUCACACGGAGAAUCACAUCGAGCUUGUAUCCAAAUCUUCUUCAGUUCCAAAGAAGAAGGGCAAAGACUGGGGAUUGCCAUUCGGUCCAGAUACCUACGCGAACGAGCACACGCCGCACUGUACCUUUCUCUCUGCUGGUUGCUUGUUAGCCUUGGUCGACCACUGCAUGAGAGAUACUGCCAGUGAACGAUGCGGCAUGGCUAUGAUACGUCCUCCCGGGCACCAUGCCAGUGCCGAGAAGGCAUCUGGCUUCUGCAUGUUCAACAACAUAGCGGUGGCUGCACGACAUGCCCAACGUGAGCAUGGACUUCAGCGUGUCGCCAUCCUUGAUUGGGAUGUGCAUCACGGAAACGGAACGAACGACGUAUUCGCCGAUGACGACAGCGUCCUCUUCUUCAGCCUGCACAGAUACGAUAGCACGUUUUUUCCCGGCACAGGGUAUGCAGAAGAUGUCGGAAAGUCCAGUGCCAGAGGGUAUAACGUCAACGUGCCUUUGGACAAGGGCUUUGGGGACCUUGAUGUGGCGUACGUCAUGCGUCGCAGCCUAAGUCCUGUGAUUGAUACGGUCGGAGGCUCAGGUGUGAUGGUCGUGGCAGCCUGA